UAAAGAUGAUGUACUUGGCCAUUAUAGUUGCCCUGUGCUUGUUUGGAGGAGUGAAUUCUGAAGGAAAAGAAUGCUCAAGAGUAGCUGACAUAGUAUUUGUCUUAGACGCUUCUGAGAGUAUUUAUGACCAAGACUUCAUCACCCAAAUGGACUUUGUCAUCAACAUCACGAAUCAGUUCUAUCUCAACCAAACCCACGGCAUAGUCGUCGGAGCAGUAGUCUACAGUUCAGAUAUCGGCGACGUCGUGUCGCUUAACGAUUCCAAAACGCAAUCAGAAUUUGAGACAGCCGUUCGGAAUUUCGUACAUUUGAAGGACGGCACAGACACGGGUUUAGGAAUCCGGAGAAUGAGGCAGCUCUUUGCGGAUGGAGGUAGACCAGGUGUAAGCAAAAUGGGAAUAGUAAUCACAGAUGGACGUUCUGUUGAUAAAGAGCAGACAUUACUCCAGUCUCACUACGCUAGGCUCCGUAACAUCACCAUGCUAGCCGUCGGGGUUGGCAUCGAGAUUGACUUUCAGGAACUCCAGGGUAUAGCGAGUGGAAGCAACUUUCUGUUUCGGGUACAGAACUAUGAAACGCUCGGAAGCUUGGCGUUGAACCUCACAACAUCUUUAUGUCCAGAAACUUCGGAAGCCGAGCCUAUACAGGAAGGUUGCGAAGGCGUAGCUGACGUGUUCUUUGUCAUCGAUGGCUCGGAAUCUAUCUUUGACGAGGACUUCUUAGUUCAGCUAGAUUUUGUGAAGGACGUCACAAAUGACCUUGUCCUAAACGAGACUGAUGGCUACGUUGUCGGGGCUCUCGUAUUCAGCAGUGUCGUCAACAGUGAGAUCCAUUUAAGGCCUGUUCUCAGCCAGACUGGCUUCAGACGAAGUCUUGACCAGGCCACUCGGAUCAAAGCCGGAACAGCAACUCACACCGGCCUCCGGCGCACGCGCGAAAUAAUCCAAUUGGAAGGACGAUUUGGAGUCCGGCAGGUUGCCAUUGUCAUAACCGAUGGUCGCUCAAAAAACAACACAGCCACUGUCAUUGAGGCGAACCUGCUGAAAGAGAGCGGGGUUGAUGUAAUAGCCAUAGGAAUCGGGUAUCUAAUAGACCAGACGGAACUGUACUCCAUAGCGUCCAAUCCAGAAUUUGUGUUUAUUCUGGAUAACUUUCAAGACAUGAGAAACUUUACUGGGAAUGUCUCUGCGCUACUUUGUCCCCAGCAAGAUGAUCCUGCGACAUCCACGGAUAUUCCGUCCACAACCACAGAUAUUCCAUCCACAACCACGGAUAUUCCAUCCACAACAACCAGCACUCCUACCACCACUCCAAGGAGAAGAGAGAACGACACUGACGAAUGCUCAGGCUGCAGAAUAGUCAACGGAGUUGGUUACAACCCGCACCCUUCCCGAUGUGACAUGUACACCCAGUGUUACCCGGUUGGAGAGGGGCACUUCCGGUCUGUGUUUCGGCCCUGUCCUCCGGGCUUGUUUUGGCAGCAGUCAGCUCUGACCUGUAAUCGACCCGCGGAAGUCGAUUGUCCUUACGACUUGUGUAUCGGCUCUACCCAGAACAGCGUGGCUCACCCAGACUCGUGCCGGGCUUACUGGAUGUGUUCAGGAGGAGACACCGUCGGGGCGGGAUGUUGUGGGAGAUUCCAGUCCUUCCUCCCUGGGAUAGGCUGUGCGCAGGAUUUCGGCUGUGCUGAUGACUGUAUACUAGACCACGUCAUUCAAGCAUCUACAGCUUGUCACUACGAGGAACAUGAAACCAAUUCCCAGAAGUACUAUCUGUAUGAAUGGGGACUGAGACGCGAAAUGCCAUGCGCACCGGGCACAGCGUUUUCCUUUCAGUCUUGUAGCUGCAUCGUCGUAUCUGAUACUGGCGCAGCCCGGGAAUGCAGGCCAGACCUGUAUCUACCUUUUGAUGACUUCGUGGACCAUGCUCGCGGAAACUGGGUGGAUCAACGAGGAGUAGUAAUCCGCAAUGUGGGUGGUGCAGUAGGAGGACUUGCCGCCUAUUUUGACGGGUCUUCCAGUGUAGUUAUCCCUCGCUUUGCUAACUACGAUUUCCAGCAGAACGUCUAUAUCACACUGAGGUAUUUACCGGAUGGACCGUCGCAGACGGGGAGACCGGAAGCUCUUGUAACAAAUGCUGACUGUGACCAUAACCCAUCAAUAGCUGUUUAUCACGACAAUCAAGUACAGUCUAGCGGUGGUAUUGUGAGAACGCCUGGAGAAUACAACUCGACCACCCGGUAUUCGAUCAACGACUGGAUCGAAGUAACAUAUAGUUAUGACGGCGAAUACCUUUUGCUGACGACGAAUGCUGAUUCGCAUGGAACAGUUGCUCAAGGGAACAUAGCGGUUGUACAAUCAGCUCUACACAUUGGGGACGGAGCUGGCUUCGCUAAUUUUCGCGGCUAUAUAGACGAGCUGUACGUGUACUUGACCUGUCGACCGUAGAGAACUAUGCGAACGAAAUUUUUGGCUCUUUCUCUUUUUUAGCGCAUAC